CCCGCGCCCACCCACCGCCAACGCCGCCGCCGAUCGCCAUGAAGCCCAAGGCCCAGGGCGGCGAGAACCCGAGCUGCAGCAUCAUGGUGUUCCGGCCCAGCGCCGAGGAGUUCCGCGACUUCGACAGGUACAUCGAGUACAUGGAGUCGCAGGGCGCGCACCGCGCCGGCCUGGCCAAGGUGGUGCCGCCGCGGGAGUGGCGCGCCCGGCGCUCGUACGAGGACAUCGACGACAUCCUGAUCCGCGCGCCGCUGCAGCAGGUGGUGUCGGGCUGCGCCGGCGUGUUCACGCAGUACCACCGGCGCAGGGCGGCCAUGACGGUGGCCGAGUACCGGCGCCUGGCGCUCAGCGAGCCGCACCGGCCGCCGCCGCACCGCGACUUCCAGGACCUGGAGCGCAAGUACUGGAACACGCGGCUCUACGGCUGCCCCGUGUACGGCGCCGACAUCAGCGGCUCGCUCUUCGACGGCUCGAGCGCGCAGUGGGACCUGGGCCACCUGGGCACCAUCCAGGACCUGCUGGAGCAGGAGUGCGGCGUGGUCAUCGAGGGCGUCAACACGCCCUACCUCUACUUCGGCAUGUGGAAGACCACCUUCGCCUGGCACACGGAGGACAUGGACCUCUACAGCAUCAACUACCUGCACCUGGGCGCGCCCAAGACGUGGUACGCCGUGCCGCCCGAGCACGGCCAGCGGCUGGAGCGCCUGGCGCGCGAGCUCUUCCCGGGCAGCGCGCGCGGCUGCGGCGCCUUCCUGCGGCACAAGGUGGCCCUCAUGUCGCCCUCGGUGCUGCGCGACCACGGCAUCCCGGUGGGCCGCGUGACGCAGGAGGCGGGCGAGUUCAUGGUCACCUUCCCCUACGGCUACCACGCGGGCUUCAACCACGGCUUCAACUGCGCCGAGGCCAUCAACUUCGCCACGGCGCGCUGGAUCGACUACGGCAAGGUGGCGUCGCAGUGCAGCUGCGGCGAGGCGCGCGUGGCCUUCUCCAUGGACGCCUUCGUGCGCAUCCUGCAGCCCGAGCGCUACGAGCUGUGGCGGCGCGGCCAGGACCGCGCGCGGCCCGACCACGCCGGCAGGCCCAAGCCGGGCGCCGCGAGGGCCGGCCGGACCCCGGCCCCGGCUCUGACGGCGACGCCGACCCCGACCCCGGCCGCCACGAGCGCCGUGCGCUCCCGGGCGCGCCCCGGCUCCGGCCCCCGGCGCCUCGGGCCCGGGCGCCCCGCGGCGACCUCCCCGGAGCCCGCCCCCAGGACCCCCGGCCGCGGCCGGAGAGGGCGCCGGCCGCGGGACCCGGCCUCGCCGGAAGGCGCCGCGCAGCAGGCGCGCGCCAAGAAGCGCUUCUGUCCGAGCGCGGACCCUCCCGGCCCUGCCCCGCCGAGCCCCGCGCCCGCGCCCGCGCCGCCUCUCCCCGAAGCCCAGGCCGCGCCCCCGAGCCCCGCCGCCGCCGCCGCCGCCCCCGAGUGA